GGAGCAACACGAGCCCUCAGACUUGGAGAGCGCCCCAGCCCUCAAGAUUCAUCCAAAAUACUUCGUCAUACCGUUUUACAAAUUCAAAGCAACCCGCUUUGCACAAAUAAAACAACAAUAAGCUACAACGCCACUAUUACAUUUUGCGCGGGAGACGGCAAAGGAAAGAGCGACACAUGUCAAAGGGACAGUGGAGGACCAUUUGUUCGCGAAAUCAGAAGAGGACGGUAAAUGCGUCGGUUAGUCAUUGGUAUUGUCAGCUGGGGCGAGGGGUGCGCUCAAAGGGAUAAGUACGGAUAGUACACCACAGAAUAUCCAUUUCUUGAUUGGAUCAACAGAACUAUCGAAGGCUUUAAGUAUAAGAUAGUUUAAUUACGAUUAAAUAAUGACUUGAUACUGGGUAACUUGUAGAGGUUAUGUCCUUCUUUGGUCAUAAUACUGUCACAGAUAAUUUUUUUUAUAUCAUUGUGGAUCAUAUCCUUAUUUUGUCAGAAUGGCUGCUGAGUUGUUGUUCGAUUAAUGGACUCGUUGGGCUAGCAAACGUUACGCGUUUACACACAAAAGAACAAAAGCUACAUCUCCACUUCGAAUCAUCCUACCACAUGAUGGUAGAAGGGUAAUAAACCAGCCGAACAGACCUAAUUUAGCUUUUAUGUUUUAGUUUUUCCAUUUCAGACCACGUGGUAUAGUACCCCAAAGAACCGCCCUAUCCACGUGCAUAUGUAUGCAUAAUUUAUAAAAAGACAAAAAGGAAAUUCCCUUGAGAACAUCCCGUGCUCUAAACUGGGAAAACAAAAAAAAGCUCUCUUGCUCCAUUCAACAAGUCCACCAAUCAAACAAGGAUACCUCGUGCUUUCUGUUCACAGUGAGACCCAUUCAAGCAUUCCUAGCCCAGGAAAAAACGUUGACUUCAUUGUUGGUUUCAGUCAAUAUUACGUUCUUCAGUCGAAAAAUUAAAAAUUAAAUCAAUCUUCGAUUCAACAAUCGAAUUCUGGUUGAUGAAUUGUAUUUACAUUGUUCUUUUAUUUAUUUCAGCUUGUACGAAUAUUAUGUCUGACACCCAGUGCCAAGAGUGGUCCAACAACAGACGCUGCUGUAUUUACUUCGUGGCUCACUUUUGUAGAAAGACUUGUCGCAAUUGUUAUUAAAAAGCCCAUGGACAAGAUUAUGGCUAAAAAAAAGGACUUCAGUCACAUCGAGAAGCAAUUGCGCGCAGAAAGUAGCCAGCAAUUACUGAACUAAAAAUAUAUAAUCAUGUAUACGUAUAAUAUAUUUCUGUUGUUGCAAAAACGUUGCGGCAAUCAUAGCUUAUAUUUGUUCCUUUAGCGAUAAAACUUCUUGAAAUCUUUAUUCCGUUCAAGUGUUCAGUUAACAGCGAUUCCUUUUUUAAGUGCAGUGCCGCGAUUUUGUGGUUACCUUAGCAGAAGUCGUAGUGGAAGGGGUAAUGGCAGUGGCUGUGGAAGUGAUCGUAGUAGUUAUAGUGACAGUGGAAAUGAUAGAGGUGGUCGAAGUGGAAGAGCAGGUGCAGGUGGACUGAGUGGUAGUGGAAGUGGCAGUGGUAGUGGAAGUGAUAGCGGUAAUAGUGGUAGUGGUGCUGUAGUGGUGGUGGUGCUGUUGCUGGUGGUUUUGGUAGUGGUUGUGGUAGUGGUAGUAGUAGUAUGGUAG